UUUAAAUAUGGCGGAAAAUGUUAAACUUUGUUCGUGCAUGUGAAUUUGGUUUUCUUUGGAGGAGCAAAAUAUAGAAUAUGGUGUUAGAAUCAAAGACUCAGAAAGUUAAUAGGGACCCGUUUGCAGUUAAACCUUUACCAAAAGCACAUUAUCAUCCAAGCAAACACAAAUAUCUCUCCAAAAGUCAAAGAAAGACAGCUUUGGGUAGUCCAUUAAAGCAGGAAGAUAAAGGAGACAAGCAACCCAGUGUCGAGGAUGAAGUGUUCCUCAAGGGAGGUAAUCGGUACUUAACAAAGACCCCUCCUCCUGAUGAUAACGCUUCCUCAAAGUUUGAUGAAUCCUGGCCGAGCAGCGAGAGACCAUCGUCUGUGGGUCUGACAGGCACAGAUGAUAGGAGUCCAUAUUCACUUCACAAAAUGUUAGAUCUAUAUGGGAAGAGAACGGAAGAUUACUCCGAUGUCAAACAGACCCUGUCAUUCACAGAGACAGAUCUGAAGGGUCCCCCGGGGGAGGGAGCAUCCACACUACAGAGGUAUGUGGAGAGAUUUCGGAGGGGAGAGCCGAUGAGUAGAGAGGAGAGAGAGAGACAAACGGCAGCCAGCUCUAAAGACUUCUGGUGGAUUGACCCAUCAAAAUCAGACAAUGACGAUAGAAAGACACCUACUGUCGGAAAGGUGGCUGAGGGGUCUCCUUCUGACAAACUCACCCAGCAGCUACAGGACAGGGCCGACAGAUUACUGGAAAGAAGUGUUAGCACUGUUGCCUCUUCCGAGCCCAUUGUUAGUACAGAUGGACUUGGGAGUUCUUACGACGGAACCAUUUCCAGUUUUGAAGAACAACCAUACCGCCCAGCAUUUGCUAAAAAUUUUGAUGCUGGUCCCCCUAGAACACAAUACCCUGGAUUGAGUCGGGAACCAGGUGGUUAUUCACGUGACGUUGACACGGCACCCAUCUUCCCUCGUCCUACAAAACCUGCUCGACCUGAAGACGAUAUCCUACAUCAGUGGAGAGUAAAACGACGACUCGAGUCCGCUCGAGACAAAGCCGACAAAGCUCCGGCAAAUAAAAACACGUUUGGAUUCCUUUCUCAAAACCCUGAUGAGGAGGAAGUAAAGACAAAGUUAUCAGAAUUUAAAGAGAGACUGUCGGGGAAGAGGCCCCCUAAGGAGCCUCAGCGGGUCCUCAGUUCUGUUCAGUUCACUCCCUCACCUGUCCCUAGUCCAAACUUCGCUGCUGAUCAGAGCUCCGAGUAUCAGCCAAAGUUGGAGCAGAAAUAUGGAAAUAACAUACCUCCAAUAGCAAGCCCCACCCUUGGAAGGCGAGGGAAACAGACAGGAGUGGAACCUCAUUUACAUUUAAUGUGUGACCUACUUCCCUGUCAGCACUCUCAACAGUAUGUAGGUAAAACACCAAGGUCACCUACAACAGAAAGGUCAAAACAGGAGGGGAGGCAGUCAAAAAUAAGUCAAAGUUCAAGGUCAGAAGACAACAAUUGUAAAGGUGAAUCUGAAUCAUCUGACCUUGAAGAAAAGACAGGGAGAUAUAAAUACCUAGAAGCAGAGAGACCAGAUGUGGAGGCAACCAAACCAAAAACUAGUGAAAGUGAAAAUAGAACUAAAGAAAGUGCAAGUGACAUUCCAAAGAGAAAGAAAAACCACGAAAGCCAACAUGUAAAGUCUGAUGUUAAACAUUCAAGUAAAAGUAGGGCACAGGAGGAUGAAGCUGAAGGAGAAGAAAACAUUCCCAGACCAAGAGAGUGCCAUAGUCCUUCUAUGAAGAGAUUUGAGAGUGUUAACUCAGCUAUAGGACAGGUUAUCAAGGACAGGUUGUUCACAUCUUCACUGAGUACUGUGAUAGACAGUGUGGACAAUAGUUUGUUAGACCAAAAUAGACAGAGUGUAGAAAUCACAGAGUCCACCAGAAUAUCCCCUCCGGAGUUAUCUCCUCCUGAUCCCAAGCCUCCCUCAGGAUUGUCUGCCCCUGAUUCCAGAGUGAAGGAAAAACAAAGGACGGGGACACAGAAAGAGAGAAAGGUGAAGACAGGAUCAGUCCCAGAGGAGGCAGGGAAGGGACAGAAUCUGGCAGAGGAGGCAAAGAGGGGCCGGAAUCUGGCAGAGCUAGAGAAUGAGGAGAGUUAUGAAUCUGAUGGGGAAUUCCCUGAGGAUCAGCUGUUACAGAUCCUUCGUGCCCAGCGAUCACAGUUUGAACAACAGCUAGGGCACAUUGACAAGCUUCUACAAAAGUUAUCGCCCCUGUCUUGAUCUAUGCAGAACAAUUUUUGUACAUAAAAUGUAUUAUUAAUA